AUGUACUUUGGAGAGAAUCUCACUGAUACGAUUCGACAAAAACUUUACAGUGAAGUAGAAGGCUCCUGUACUGGAGAACAUGGAUUUGUGAUCGGUGUCACGAAUAUUCACAGCAUUGGUGAUGGAGAGAUUCUGGCGGGGAGAGGAUUUUGCCUUUUCCCAAUUAAAUACGCGGCGAUUGUCUUUCGUCCUUUCAAGGGCGAAGUCGUGGACGGGGUAGUUACACAAGUGAACAAAGUCGGACUCAUGGUGGAUGUUGGCCCAAUGGCCUGCUUCAUUUCAAAGCACUCCAUACCUUCUGACAUGGAGUUCGAUCCAGAUUCUAACCCUCCUUGCUACAAGACGAAAGACGAAGACACAGCGAUUAGACAAGACGACGAAAUUCGGCUUAAAAUUGUCGGGACGCGAGUAGACGUUAACGAAAUUUUCUCGAUUGGGUCGCUGAUGGACGAUUAUCUCGGAAGAGUGGACUGA